AGGGUUAUCGAUAAGACAUAGGUAGUUCCAGAUACCUUCGAAUUUGGUAUGACGCGUGCUGGGGAGCUACAACACCUACAUCGAUACGUCGAUCUGUAGCGCUAUCGCCUACUUACCCCGUGCUCUCUUCGCCCUCUUUACACGCCCGACAUUUCGCGUAUACAUCUACCUCCAAUCGCGUCGCCGCUUCAAUACCACUCCCUCUGUCUGCCUGCGUGCCCACCUCCUGUGCCCACGAAUCGCCCCAUGUCAUCCAAGCGAUCCCGCGCCGCCUUCGAAGCCGAUCUCCAAGCCCAGCAGUCUCCCUACGUCCUCUUCGGCACGCCGCUCCCUCCUCUCGACCCGGAAGUCCGCGACGAUGGCUCCUACGUGCCAGUCUGGAAGCAGGAGGUCCGGGACGAGCGCGGCCGCAGGCGCCUCCACGGCGCCUUCACCGGCGGCUGGAGCGCUGGCUACUUCAAUACUGUCGGCUCCAAGGAGGGCUGGACCCCGGCCACCUUCGUCUCGUCGCGGGCAGACCGCCGCAAGGACGACCCAAACUCCGCUGCUUCCGGCAGCACCCCACGCCAGCAGCGGCCUGAGGAUUUCAUGGAUGAGGAGGACCUGGCUGACGCUGCCGAGGCCCAGAAGCUGCAGACCACCCACGCAUUCGCCGGCUUGGGGUCCGAUGAGGACGGCGCCCGACGCGGUGGCGGCGGGCUCGCCGAUAUCUUCCGCGUCCGGGGCGAGACGAUGGGCGUGAAGUUACUGAGGAGGAUGGGCUGGAAGGACGGGCAAGGGAUAGGUCCUAAGGUGCGCCGGAGGGCACGGCUCGACGUCGUAGUGAAGCAAGGGGGCGCCCAGAACGGGGAAGAGACGUACCUCUUUGCGCCAGACAACGUGCCCGUGAUCUCUCUCGUCAGGAAACUCGAUCGCAAGGGCCUCGGCUACGAAGGCGAGUCGAGGUUAACGCCGCUGACGAAACCUGGCGCCCAGACGGAAGCUGGCGGGAGCUCCGACGAGGAGAGCGGCCCCAUAGUACGACGACCAGGUACACCGAAGAAAGAAACGUCGUCUAAAUUCGCUAAGGGCGGUAUCGGUAUCGGCAUCUUAAACGACACGGGAUCCGACGACGAAGACCCGUACGAGAUCGGGCCGCGGAUAUCGUACAACCGCGUCAUAGGGGGCAGCAAGAAGAAAAAGAAGGAGAAGGCGGCCAACCCGGCGCUACGCACGGCGCCCGUCUUCAUAUCUCGCAAGAGCGCCCUGGCCCAGGCGGGGAAGAACAUACGGAGGUGCUACGACGGCCGGCUACCGCUCGACGGCUUCGUGUUCGGCGCUGAGACGAACGACGACCUCGCGUCCGCCGUCACCUCCGCAGGGAAGUACCCGCCGCCCGUCAUACCGCCGGGCUGGAAACCGAGCAAGCAGCUGAAGUCGUCCGAAACCAGCGGAGGCGCGCCAUCGUCGGGCUACGUGUCGACGGCUGACGCGGCCAAGGCGUCGAAGCUCGAUCCGCGGGCGCGUGCGUCGCUCCUCGGCGAGGCCCCGCUGCCGGGCAAGUCGGUAUUCGACUUCUUGUCGGCGGGGGCGCGCGACCGGCUCGCGGCCGCGGCGGGCAAGCCCAACCUGCCACCGGGCCGGGGCGAGGUGCCCGAGGGCCAGACGCCGGCGAGCGAGGCGGAGCUGCUGCGCCAGAUCCCCGAGCUCGACGCGGCGACGGCGGCGGCGGCGCUGGCGCGGGGCGCGGGGGGCCUCGGCGCGGCGCCGUACGCCGACGACGAGGGCAAGCGCGCGCGCUACCGCGCGUACCUCGAGUACGCGGCGGCUCUCGGCGCGCCUAGCGGCAGCGGCAACGACAGCGCGCCACGGCUGCGGCCGCCGACGAAGCCGCCCGGGACGAGCACGGAGGACUGGCUGCGCGAGCUGCACGAGUUCCGGAGCUGCGCGCGCAUCUUCAAGCCGAUGACGGGGAUGAUGGCGUCGCGGUUCACGACGGCGAGCUCGACGGCGGCGACGACGACGGGCGCGGGCGACGGCGGCGUCGCCGCCGCGCCGCCGAUCCAGCGCCCGCCCGACCCGGCCGAGGAGGCCGCCCGCCUCGGCAUGUACGGCGCCAUGACGCGGUCCGCCGCCGACUUCUACCCGUCGCGCCUCCUGUGCAAGCGCUUCGGCGUCAGGCCCCCCGCGCACGCGCAGCCGGAGCACGCCCACGGCGGCGCCGCCGCCACGACGACGAAGAGCCAGGGCCAGGGGCCGGAGGAGGGGGCGGGGUCGUCCAGCGCAGCGCACCCCGUCGCUGCUGCUGCUGCGGGCAGCGGCCGCGCGAUGACGCUCGACGAGCUGAUGCGCCAGGCGCAGGAAGGGGCUACUACUACGACUGCUUCUUCUUCUACGGCGGCGACCCCGCGGCCCGGGGAGGAGGCAGCGCCUAGGCGAGGCGAGGCGGGGGCGGGCGUCAACGCGGAGGUCAACGAGGCGCUCGAGGGCCGGCGCGCGCGGGAGGAGGUGCUGCGGGCGGUGUUCGGGGACAGCAGCGACGAGGAAGAGGACGGGGGGGAGGACUAGAGGGGGGGUGAGGGAAGCGGCUCGUGUUGAAACUGGAGAGGG